AUGCAUCGCUUUUUUGCAGAGUUGGAGCCAUCUCUAUCCGUCACUGAGCAAAACCUGGCAGACCGAGUUAGGUACAUCCUGCGCUCCAAUAUAUUUGGUGACGCCGAACUCGAACAACUACGACGUGAGGCUGUUCCCUCAUCGAAUGGAAAUUCUACGGCUGGGAAUGCGACGCCACUAGAUGCGCAGCAAACUGCAUAUGUGGAUGCUGCCGUCAAUAUUCCAUUUGUGGUUAAUUCAUACGAUGAUGGAAUAGUCUCCCACGAACUAGAGAAAAUGAGGAGAAUAUUGGAAGAGUCGAUGCUGGAAACGCGCAGCAUGCCUCUUGAAAAUCGACCGCGAGUUCCCCGCAUACCCCUUAGAAAGCGAAAUCGGGCUGUCGUGCGGACUCUUAACCCAAUGCUGGUGACCUAUUUGGAAGCCAGCCAGGAGCUUUGCGAGACGGACUUAAUUCUUUUUGGCGCCGCACUGGCAGUAUGCCGUAUUAUUGGCGCCAAACUUCCCAUGGCUGGACGUGCUAUUCGACAAAGUAGCGCCAUCCCAGCCUGGAGAAAAAGAAUUGAGGACCGUAUCGCAAAGGCAAGGGCCCUUAUCGGCAGACUGACAAGCUUCAGGUCGGGUAAUAAUAGACCGAGAGUUGUGCGCACCAUUAGAAUGGCGUUUUCUGGGACAAAUAUUAGUUUGUCCCAGCCGGAUAUCACGCAGAAACUAAGGGAGCGCAUAGAUGACCUGAAGCAAAAAAUUGCUGCUUGGGAGAAGCCGAUUCGACGAUUUAGCGUGAGGUCAAGGCGGUUCAACCAGAAUCGCCUCUUCCAGAGUGAUCAGAAGAGGCUCUAUAACUCAUUGGAGCGACCAGAGGUAUGUGGAGCGGGUCCAGGACCAGAUCAGACUGACACUGUCGCAUUUUGGCUUGGCCUGUGGUCACAGCGAGGGCCCUUGGAUGUAAGUUGUGGCGAGCCAAAGUGCGAGUGUUACGUCUAUGGACCCCGUCACCAUAACGCCGGAAGACGUGGCUGA